UUGAUGAACAGUGAUUCAUGGAUGGGCAUUGUAAGAACUUGUUGGGCGUUAGCUGGGUACAGUACAGGGGCAGCAGAUCACAAUAGAAAAGUCCCUGGCUCAGUCAUUUCCUGCUCCUGAAGGAUCUUUACUGAUCAAAUCUGAUGAAUUUGACUGUGCUUGUGUCUGUGUAAAAUAACCCUCCCUUACUCUGUACUGUAUGUGCCUGCUGCCUUUCAUGUCUUUCGUUGAACACAACCAGUAGGAUACUGCAUGAAGGUUAAUCUGGGAUUAAGAUGAGACCCCCAAACCUGUAUUACUCUUGUCCUGAUGCAGUUUCAAACCCGGGCCUCCAGGGCUGAACGGAUAGUAAAUCAGCCACCAAGCCCCUCUAUUUACAUCACAUUUUCACCAAAGUUGGCAUGAUCACUGCCUUGCAUUGACAUUGCCGUGAGUUUUUUUUUUGCUGUAUUUGCUUGCUUCCUUUUUUAUUUGUAUUCCCUCUUCCCCCUAAGUGGCUGUAAGAGAUGUCCUUGCUUUUUGUUUUCUUGCUCACAGUCCUGUUCCAGCCAGACUGCAGCUUACGUCUAGUCAGCUAAUCAAUCUCACAGAUAACCUGCUGGCUGUGCGUUAUAAUAGAGCCUCGGGGUGGUGCUCCCGGAUCUCACUGAGCGCCACGCGCAUCGGAGAACGACGCUAAUUAUUUUAAAGAUGCAGACUGUCUGGUCUUGUCUGCUCUCAAACAAAGUGGUGAGCGACUGUACGAUCUGAUCUGGACAAGUGAAAGGUGACCUUGUUUGAAAAUGAUGAUAGCCUUUGGAGCACACUUUUUUUUUCAAGCCCCUUUGCUGGAGAUGGGACCAAUAUAUCUAUCAAUCAAUCAAUCAAUCAAUCUUUAUUUUAUAUAGCGCCUUUCAUAGUGGACCACCAUCACAAAGUGCUUUACAAAAUGCAGUAAGAACAAGAAAAUCCAUAAUACUUUAAAUACGGAGAAAUGCAUCAUACAUAGUAAAAAAAAAAAAAAAAAGCAUAAUACAUUGAAUACAGUAUAAAGUGCAUAAUACAUGAUAGUAGCAUAAUACAUGAAAUAGUACAUUAAAUACAGUGGAAAGUGCAUAAUACAUGAUAGUAGCAGCAACACUAAGUACAUCCGCAUCCGGGAGGGAAAGGUAGGGACGGACUUUGGAGAUGUUUUGAAGAUGGUAGAAGGAAGAUUUGACUGGUGGUUUUCAUAGGAUCUUACACACUAAUUGCUGUUAAAAUCUGUCCAAAUAUAAGUUGAUCAUAUACAUCAAAUAUGCUGUUUUUAUCAGGUUUUUGCAUUUGUUUGAUUUCUGUUUGCUCUGCAGGACUUCUUGAAGACCAAUGCUUUUCCAUUACCGUCUCAUUAGUUGCCAACAGAUGACAAUAUUGUAAAGAGCCCCAUUAUUAGAUCAAUAGUCCUGCUAGUAGCUCGUUGAUGGGUUCGGUGGCGUGCGUAUCCUAGGAGCUCUGCUCUGCACAGCGUGCUUCAGCAAAGUGCAGGAAGCCAGUAAAGCAACAGGGGAUCCAGGGAGCAAUAAACCCGGGAUGGGCAAAACACAACUGCUAAUUCUCUCAGACGCUUUCUUCUCAGCAGUUUUAAUUAACAAAACUUCUCAUAAAAGAAGACACGCACAACUGCAUUUGAUAGUCUAGUCAAGCCAAGAAACACCUGCAUAAGCACAGGAGCGCCUGGUAGCAGUCCUAAAGCAGCUGGGCUCUGGUGUUUUGGGAUGUCUGUGGGACUGUUGCUCUGGAGUAAAGCAUAUAGGCGUGUGGUCAUCAGAGCUGUCCUGCAUUGGCAGGAUCCGGCCUCAGAUGGCCAAGGAGAAGAUAGAAGGAUGUCACAUCUGUACGCUGGUGACCCCAGGGGAGCCCCAGGUGCUGCUGGGAAAGGACAAGGCUUUCACCUACGACUUUGUGUUUGACCGGGACUCCCAGCAGCAUGAGAUCUACAGUGCCUGCGUGGAGAAGCUCAUUGAGGGCUGCUUUGAAGGCUACAACGCCACUGUGUUCGCUUAUGGGCAGACCGGGUCUGGGAAGACGUACACAAUGGGGACGGGCUUCGACAUGAACAUCAGCGAGGAGGAGCAGGGCAUCAUCCCGCGGGCCAUCAAGCACCUGUUCCAGGGGAUCGAGCACCGCAAAGGGGAGGCACAGGAGCGGGGGGAGCAGGCACCCGAGUUCAAAGUUAGCGCGCAAUUCUUAGAGCUCUACAAUGAGGAGAUCCUGGACCUGUUUGACAGUGCGCGGGACCCAGACUCCCGUCACAGGAAGUCCAACAUUAAAAUCCAUGAGGACAGCAGCGGAGGAAUCUACACCAGCGGGGUGACGUCACGCCUGGUUCACUCCGAGGACGAGCUGAUUCAGUGUCUGAAGCUGGGCGCUCUGUCCCGCACCACGGCCAGCACGCAGAUGAACGCUCAGAGCUCCCGCUCGCACGCCAUCUUCACAAUCCAGCUGUGCCAGAUGAGAGUCUGCAAACGGCCGGGGCUGGCCAAUGGCGAGAUGAAUGGCGUUUCGAAUGGCCCGCUCACCCAGCCUGUGAGUGAAUAUGAGACUCUCAGCGCAAAGUUUCACUUCGUGGACCUGGCGGGAUCGGAGCGGUUAAAAAGAACCGGGGCCACAGGAGAGCGGGCCAAGGAGGGCAUCUCCAUCAACUGUGGGCUGCUUGCCCUGGGGAAUGUCAUCAGUGCGCUGGGGGAUCAGAGCAAGAAGAGCUGCCACGUGCCUUACAGGGACUCCAAACUAACACGACUGCUGCAGGACUCGCUGGGCGGGAACAGUCGGACAGUGAUGAUCGCGUGUGUGAGCCCGUCGGACCGGGACUUCAUGGAGACCCUGAAUGCGCUGAAUUACGCCAACCGUGCGCGCAACAUUAAGAACAAGGUGGUAGUGAACCAGGACAAGACGAGCCAGCAGAUCAGUGCACUGCGGGCCGAGAUCGCUCGACUGCAGAUGGAGCUCAUGGAGUACAAGGCGGGGAAGCGUGUGGUCGGGGAGGACGGCUCGGAGGGUUUCAGCGACCUGUUCCAGGAGAACGCGAUGCUGCAGAAGGAGAGUGACACCCUGAGGAUGAGGGUCAAGGCCAUGCAGGAGACCAUCGACGCACUCAACAACCGCAUCACACAGCUGCUGUCCAAUGAGAUCUGUCAGGUCCUAGCCAAAGCCGGCGAUGGCAAUGAAGAAAUAGGUGCAUUAAUCCAGAACUACAUCAGAGAAAUCGAGGAGCUCAGGAGCAAACUGCUAGAGAGUGAGGCGAUGAACGAGUCUUUGCGGCGCAGCGUCUCUCGUCUGUCCUCCCGCUCGCCUUACGCAGCCGGACUGACCCCCAUCGGAACCCCGGGCAGCCCUGCCGUCUCCAUGGAGACACAGGCCUCUGACGUCAUCAGGAGGGCGAAGCAAGACAUCGAGAAGCUGAAGAAGAAAGAAAAGAAGCAGCGAAGGAAAAGCCCGGAGAAGGAGGGUUUCAAGAAGAGAGCUAAACUCCAGCAUGAGAACGGGGAGGCGGAGUCCGAUGAAGCGGAGGAGGAGGAAGAGCAGGAGGAGAGUGGCUGUGAGGAGGAGGAAGAGGAGGAGGGGGAGGGGAGAGAGGAGGAGGAGUACGAGAGCGAGGAGAGCCUGCAGGACUCCGACUCCGACUCCGAAGAGAAAGAUAACUACCAGGCGGACCUGGCUGAGCUGACGUGCGAGAUCGAGAUCAAGCAGAAGCUGAUUGACGAGCUGGAGAACAGCCAGAAGAGGCUCCACACGCUGAAGCUGCAGUACGAGCAGAAACUCAUCAUGCUGCAAAACAAGAUCCGAGACACCCAGCUGGAGAGGGACCGGGUGCUGCACAACCUCAUGUCUAUGGAGAACUACACAGAGGAGAAGGCCAGUAAGAUCAAGUCGGACUACGAGAAGCGGCUAAAGGAGAUGAACCGCGACCUGCAGAAGCUGCAGGCGGCGCAGAAGGAGCAUGCGCGGCUCCUCAAGAACCAGACCCGCUACGAGAGGGAGCUCAAGAAGCUGCAGGGAGAAGUGGCUGAGAUGAAGAGAGCCAAGGUUGCUCUGAUGAAGCAGAUGAAGGAGGAGCAGCAGAGGAGGAGGCUGAUCGAGGCCAAGCGAAAUCGCGAGAUCGCCCAGCUGAAGAAGGAGCAGCGCAGGCAGGAGUAUCAAAUUCGAACUCUGGAGUCGCAAAAGAGGCAACAAGAAAUAGUUCUGAAAAGGAAAACUCAGGAGGUCUCCGCUCUGCGCCGGCUCACCAAGCCCAUGUCGGACCGGGUUGCAGGCCGGGUCAGUCGGCGCCUCAACACCCUGGACUCGGGUGCGGAGCUGUCUGCCAGCACCACCUCCUCAGAGCCCGAGUCUGCGCGCUCCGUUUCCAACAUCGUGCGGCAGUGGAACAAGAAGAUGAACGGAUACGUGGGGGAGCCCGAGCCAGCGGUCAAUGGAGCGGUCAACGGGGCCCGCACCCCCAGGAAGAAGUUCCAGAGGAAGGGGGUGGGCGGCAGCUUUGCCAAGGUGGCUCGGCAGAAGUGGCAGGCUUUGGAGCGCCGGAUCAUGGACAUAGUCAUGCAGAGAAUGACCAUCACUAACAUGGAGGCAGACAUGGACCGGCUCAUCAAGAAACGUGAGGAGCUGGCGGUGCAGCAGGAGGCGCUGCUGAGGAAGAGGGAGAAAUUCCUGAACGACCCGCUGGAGGACGAGAAGCCCCUGCAGGAGAUGAACGAGGAGAUUGAGGUCCUGAACGCCAACAUCGACUACAUCAACGAUAGUCUCUCUGACUGCCAGGCCACCAUCAUGCAGAUCGAGGAGACCAAGGACGAGCUGGAUUCUGUGGACACCUCGGUGGUCAUCAGUUCCUGCUCCCUGGCAGAAGCGCGCCACCUGCUGGAUCACUUCCUCAAGGCGUCAAUUGAAAAGGGUCUGCAGGUGGCCCAGAAGGAAACUCAGAUCAGACUGCUGGAGGGUCGGCUCAGACAGACGGACAUGACCGGCUCUGCACAGAACCACAUGAUCCUGGACGCUCUGCGGGAGAAGGCGGAGUGCAUCCCGGAGCUGCAAGCGCUCAUCCACAACGUGCAGCAAGAAAACGGAUACGCCAGCACAGACGAGGAGGUGUCUGAGUUCAGCCAGGCUUCUGAGGGGAGUUUCUCACAGUCCUUUACCUUGAAGGUGUCUGCAAGCCAAGAUGAUUUUAAGCUAAAGAAUGAGCCGAAGCUGUCUGUCCAGAUGAAAGCUGUCUCUGCAGAGUACUUGGGCCCGUCUCUGGACGUGUCCUCCAGGAACAUGGCCAAGUCCCUGGCGUCUCUCAGCGAGAUCCGAGAGAACGGAGUCGUCUUCUCCAGCAGGGACUCGUACAGCAGAGACAAGGUGUCCCGCACCAUCAGCCUCCCAAUCCGGGGGAACACCUUUCCUAGGCAGUCAAGGGGACCCGAGACUUCUCCACUAAACAGAAGAAAGUCCUAUGACCGAGGACAGCCGUACAGGUCUCCAGAAGGGGGGUACACCCCUCCGUCCUCCCCUCCUCUGAGACCCCGCAAUGACAGGAAUGUCUUCUCCCGUCUCACCAGUAACCAGAGCCAGGGCUCUGCGCUGGACAAGUCUGACGACAGUGACUCCUCUCUCUCAGAGCUGCUGAGGGGUGUCAUUAAUCCCGUUGGGGGUAUCAAGGGCGCCAGGACAGCCCCUCUACAGUGUGUGUCAGUGGCAGAGGGGCACUCCAAACCAGUGCUGUGUCUGGACGCCACUGAUGAGCUGCUCUUCACUGGAUCCAAAGAUCGGACCUGUAAGAUGUGGAACCUGGUGACUGGACAGGAGAUCAUCACUCUGAGAGGCCACCCCAACAAUGUGGUCUCAGUGAAGUACUGCAGCAGUGCCUGCCUGGUCUUCACCGUCUCCACCUCGUACAUCAAAGUGUGGGACAUCCGGGACGCCGCCAAGUGUGUGCGCACACUCACGUCGUCCGGUCAGGUCAUUUCGGGUGACGCCUGUGCCAGCAACACCACUCGAACCGUCACCACUGCGCAGGGCGAGUUCCAGAUCAACCAGAUCGCUCUCAACCCCUCCGGGUCCAUGCUCUACGCUGCUGCGGGGAACACUGUCCGCACCUGGGACCUCAACAGGAUGCAGGCGAUGGGGAAGCUGACCGGGCACAUUGGCUCUGUGAUGUGCCUGACUGUGGGCCAGACAGUUGGCAACCAUGACCAGGUCAUCACAGGAUCCAAGGACCAUUAUGUCAAGAUGUUUGAUAACGCUGAGGGGACGGUGGGGAACGUGGGCCCCACUCAUAACUUCGAGCCCCCCCACUACGAUGGCAUUGAGUGCCUGGCGAUCCAGGGGGACAUCCUGUUCAGCGGGUCCAGAGACAACGGGAUUAAGAAAUGGGAUCUGGAGCAGCAGGAGCUCCUACAGCAAAUCCCAAACGCCCACAAGGACUGGGUGAGUGCCCUGGCAUACGUGCCCGGCCGGCCCAUGCUGCUCAGUGGCUGCCGAGGAGGCAUGCUCAAGGUGUGGAACGUGGACAACUUCACCCCCAUCGGAGAGAUCAAAGGGCAUGACAGCCCCAUCAACGCCAUCUGUACCAACUCCAAGCAGAUCUUCACUGCGUCCAGUGACUGUCGGGUAAAGUUAUGGAAUUAUGUUCCUGGCCUCACUCCCUGCCUCCCUCGCCGGGUCCUAGCCAUCAAGGCCCGGGCUACCACCCUGCCCUGAGUCGCCUCCUCCUCCUCUGUCCCUGCUUCUCUACUCUGCUGCUCUGCGUGAUCUGAGCGUGAAGAUCUGGCGUGCGAGAGUCGGGAAGGUUAGCUGAUUUGCUCCCGUGGUGGAGGAGUGCAGGACUCACCGGGACACAGACUCUCUGUGCAGCUCCAGCAGGGUGCAGUAUCCACCUCAUCUUGCUUCUCACAGUGGCACUUUGAUCAAUCAACUACUUGAAACUGAACAUUGCUGCUUUUGAUGUUGCAAGGCCCAUCCUGUUGCCUCUGGAGUACAAACAAGCGGACAGGGUGAGGGGAGGGGCUUGGCGCUUGCGCUGUAAUGGUGAGGAAAGCUUCAAUUAGAUUGUGAAGCUGUGUGUCUGGUUUACAGGACAGUGUGCCUGCUGUGAGUGCCCGUCCUCCUUGCAGCAGGAGGAGGUUAAUACUGCCUUCGGAAUGCAUCAGUGCCAACCUAAGAGUGUCGUUUCUUGGAUGCUUCUUGAACAGUGGUCAAAAAUACAGACGGACAUUCUUUCAGAGGCAAAGACACUCACACUGAGAAGUGGAAAUCCUUUUAGAAGAAUCUGUAUGCUUUAAAGGUGCCCAUGCUGGCUUCAUAGAAUAGAUGAAAGGGCUGUUUCAAAAGCAACAGGAAGUCUGGGUUUUGUGUGAUCCCACUCUUAAAGGGACAAUGUCCCAAAACAUGCUUUUAAAUAGUAUUUUUUUGCAAGCUUUUAGCCUGCCUGUUGAGCUCACAUAGUGUCCUUCCCAAGGACCCCUGUAGCAGCUCCUGGUUUAUAAUUAAUAUUUAAUCCUGGGGCUGAAGGCAGGCAGGUUUCAAAGAGGAAUGAAGAUUGUGUCUCUCCAGCUGAACACCCCUUAAGGGAAUGGAAGGAAUGCGUCUUUCUUUUUGAAGGGGGCACAGAAGACUAAACUAAUAGACAUGCUCGUGGUCACUGGACUGUUGUCAUGGUACAUUUCAAUGAGCUGUCAUUUUGAAAUCAGCUUCACCUGACCUUUUGGUGCCUACAAACAUUGUAUAUUAAAGGGUACCUGUAGUGGCAGUGAAUAUAGAAUCAUUUCAAUAGAAAACAUGUGGCUGAAAACUUCUGACACAUUGUGAAGCACCUGCUCCGCCAAUUUACGAUAUAAAAGCAAUAAGACAACGUUCAGCUUCUCUGUAUUGGGGCUCUCAUAGGCACACGGAUAUGACGUUGGGUCGUUGAUGUCCCUAUUUCAGAACACUGAUAGUCUAUAGCUGCAGCUAACACAAUUAUUUGCGACGGCAUUUAUCCGAUUUAUUAUGGAUGAAAAAAAGUCCAAUAGAAGGGUACUUAUAUGAAGCGUUGAGGUCUGACUACCCCAGUUUAACUUUGUCAGGCAGUGAUAGUGAAUAUUCAGACAUGGAUAACAAGGAGUCUGCAACCAGCCUAAUCUGAGACAACUGAACCAAGAAUGCUCCACAUACUUCAUGCACUUGUUGUAAAUGUGUCAAUUAUUUUUAUACAAAACCUCCAUACCAUGCACAUCUAAAGUAAAAUCACUCUAGAUUUGCCUACACAGAACAAAGCACUCUGUACUGUAAGUGGUCGAGAUACAUUUAUUACACUAUGUAACACAAUUUUUGUUCCUGGGUAGUAAGUGUUAUUUCCUAAUUGCUUAUGCCUCAAAAGUAUAGAAAAUGGCUAUUAUUCCCCACAAACUUUGCUUUUGUGACCAGGACAGUGAUAUUUUGAAAUUUACCUAUUUCCAAUGAGAAAAUGGGCGAAUUUGUGUCUUUUCGUUCACAUAAAGUCAGAAAAAAACAACAUAUGAAUCCAAAUUAACAUGUAUUUAUACUAAAGUAAUACAAAAAUGACUACAAAAGAUUUAGAAGUGAGUAGUUUUUCGAGAUUUACGAUUAUACUGUAAAUCACUUUCACAAAUCAGCCCCCAAAUGUAGUCUCCCAUCAUGUUCUCGUUAUACUGUCCUUGGUAGCGGCGUUCAAAGUCCAGUAUAUCCUGGUGGAAGCGCUCGCCUUGCUCCUCCGAGUACGCUCCCAUGUUCUCCUUGAAUUUAUCAAGAUGAGCAUCAAGGAUAUGGACAUUGAGGGACAUCCUACAGCCCAUUGUGCCGUAGUUCUUCACCAGAGUCUCAACCAGCUCCACAUAGUUUUCGGCCUUGUGAUGGCCCAGGAAGCCCCGAACCACUGCGACAAAGCUGUUCCAAGCCGCUUUCUCCUUACUAGUGAGCUUCUUGGGGAAUUCAUUGCACUCCAGGAUCUUCUUUAUCUGUGGUCCGACGAAGACACCGGCUUUGACCUUUGCCUCAGACAGCUUAGGGAAGAAGUCUUGAAGGUACUUGAAGGCUGCUGACUCCUUAUCUAGAGCUCUGACAAAUUGUUUCAUAAGGCCCAAUUUGAUGUGCAGUGGUGGCAUCAGCACCUUCCGGGGGUCCACCAGUGGCUCCCACUUGACGUUGUUCCUCCCCACAGAGAAUUCGGUCCGCUUGGAAGGGUCCACCAUGCAGAAGUAGCAGUUGCUUGAGUGGUCAGUGGGUUCCCGCCAAAUUCUUGGGAUAGCGAACUUCAUGGCUCUCUUUUCCCCUCUGUACCAUCCUACAAAAAUACAUUUAUUUCACCCAUGACUAAUGUGUAAGAGAUUCUCGCAACAUUUUUCAUAUAUGAUAUAUUUUUUCAAUAACAUUGAAAACUGUAAAACAUUUUAAAAUUAAAAACUUUUACAAUUUUAAAAAUUUUAACAAAUUUUAUAACAUAAAAUUCCGAGCAACAAUUGUCCAUCUUACCUUCCAGAGUUUUUUUUGCAGUGCUCGCAGGUGAAAUGAGGUGCCCAGGGUUUGUCUUGAUCCCCGACAGGCAUGCCGAAAUAUGCCUUGUAGGCCUCACACAUCUUAGCAGAUGCUUCCACGGAGUACUUUUUCACUCUUGUCUUGAUAAAUUGGCUGCAGACAUAGCAAAAUGCAUCUGCCGGAUGCUUGCAGCCUCUUGAUGCCAUCUCAGAAAAAUGCAGAUAUGUAUCCACUUAGGCAGCUGGAACUAAACUGAACUGGAGGGCUUAAGGCCCCUGUAUUUAUACUACUAUUUAUAUUACUGGAAAGUUCUAGAAAGUUCUAAAAGUUACUCCAAGUUUACUCAGCACUGAAUCUAUCUGGAAUGUUCUGGAAAAUAGGUACAUUUCAAAAUAUCACUGUCCUGGUUACAAAAGCAAAGUUUGUGGGGAAUAAUAGCCAUUUUCUAUACUUUUGAGGCAUAAGCAAUUAGGAAAUAACACUUACUACCCAGGAACCAAAAAAAAAAAAAAAUUGUUACACAGUGUUAUUAUUAUUAUUAUUAUUAUUAUUAUACAUUCUAGUAGAACUCUCAGAGUUUACAGCCUUGAGGCUACCUAGUAAGAGUAUAGGUUUAUUAUGAGAAUGGGAGAGGUACCGGCCAGAAAGAGAAAGGAGGAAACACACAAACAGGCAGAUUCAACCUAAAAAUACAGGAAUUGUAAUUAGUGAAAAAUUACAAAAAACACUCGUUUCAGUACAAUAGACACUAAUGAGCAAUAAUAUCACUCCAGCCAGAGUAAAAUUGCAGCAGAGAAAAUGAUCAUUUCUAACAGAAAGUAGUGAGAACAGAGAAAACAGCAUUGAGAGCCUACUACACACACAUGUGAAAACAGCAUUGCGAACUUGCGACACACACACGUGAAAACAGCAUGCGAGCCUCUACACACACACAUGAAAACAGCAUGCGAGCCUGCGACACACACACGUGAAAACAGCAUUGCGAGCCUGCGACACACACACGUGAAAACAGCAUGCGAGCCUCUACACACACACAUGAAAACAGCAUGCGAGCCUGCGACACACACACGUGAAAACAGCACUGCGAGCCUGCGACACACACACGUGAAAACAGCACUGCGAGCCUGCGACACACACACGUGAAAACAGCAUGCGAGCCUCUACACACACACAUGAAAACAGCAUGCGAGCCACUACACACACACAUGAAAACAGCACUGCGAGCCUGCGACACACACACGUGAAAACAGCACUGCGAGCCUGCGACACACACACGUGAAAACAGCAUGCGAGCCACUCUACACAUACAUGUGAAAACAGCACUGCGAGCCUGAGACACACACACGUGAAAACAGCAUGCGAGCCACUCUACACAUACAUGUGAAAACAGCACUGCGAUCCUGCGACACACACACAUGUGAAAACAGCGAAAAACUGAAGUGUAACAAAUUCCAAACUGGAAAACGAUAAAGAGAAAGCCGAAUACUUCUCUUUUUUCCUAGAAUUCAUACAAGUGUAUUUUUCAAGCUUUUGUAAACUGCUACAACUGAUAACAAAUAAAGUACAUCAAAGUGUGCAAUAAAAAUCCUGAAAUGCUAGUAUCUCAGGCUUCUGCUUGUGACAUUGUUGCAAAGCAUAAAGGCCUUCACCAUUCACAUUUAACUCUGGAAAUACAAUAAAAACCCCGUCCAGGUGGCAAUUUCUUUUUUUUUUAUUUUAGCUGCCACAAGCAGACAAUGAACCAUAAGGUACUGAUCCUCCUCAUACUUGAAAUCUUUGUUCUUAGUAACACACUGGUGUAACACAUUAGCUGUCACAUGAACUAAACCCAUUGGCUAGGUCAGAGGUAUGCAACUCCGGUCCUGAAUUGCUGUUCCAUUCCAGUUUUAACAGGCUGAAUGAAAUGGUUGGGUUUUAUUGCUUCAUCUUAUGAAUUAAUACAUGGUUGGAACAAAGACCUGGGCUGGAAUUGCAAAGUUUGCUUCCCCCUGGGCUAGAUAGUUCUUCAACUCUAAAUAAAUAUUUAACAUAUUAAAUACAAUGCCUGUUAAACAGAUCGCAGUAGAGAACACAGGCCAGUUAGAUUCAAUAAGUGUAGCUUUAUCAUACAACCAGCACUCCAGAUAAGCUGUGCAAAGCAUUGAGAAAAGAUGAAUUCCGUAUGAUAUUUAAAUGGAAUGCGUAACGAAUCCGCGCAGCAAUUUCACUGCACAGAUUGAGUCGCAUGUUACCGAGCUUCUUGUACUUCAUUAGUUCCCAGCGUCUCAAAGGUCAGUAGAGACUGCCUGGAAAUUGCCAGAAACAUGUGACCAAAAAGUCAGGAUUUUCAGUUAAAACAAUCCACUCACUUGCAGUAUGUGUUUGUGACUAGUGAACUGAAUUUCUGGAAGAUAAAUCUAUAUAAUAUCUACACUGUUCUGUGUUUAAAGAGAGUCGGGUGCUUUAUGUUGCUACAGUAAAGUGAUCAAGCAGGAAUACAAUGGUAUCAUUGCAUUAGAAAUCUGUAUGAUGUGCCUGCAGGCUUUUUGUUAAGUAUAUUCCAUCUGCAGCAUUGGAAUAUAAAACAUUCGGUUUCUGUGUUUAUUUGCUUCAUAGCCACAUUGUUUGUGGUCAAUAAAGCAAAUAAUAAUAAUUGUUGUUGUACGGGGGGGGGGGGGGUCAUGACAAGUGAGCUCCGACAAUUCAUUGAUCUCCAUUGAGUGGCACCGUUAAGAGCUAGAAUUGCCAGCAGGACGCCAGGAGAGCAUUCACACUGCUGUGGGGCAGAGCCAUUGUCACAAACAGCUGAUCUCUUACCUUAAUGCCUACUCAACAGCAGUGCCAAUACAUAUGUGUGGGUGCUUAGUCAAAAUACUAAAUAAUAAUAAUUAUAAUAAAAACUUGAAAGACAUGCCGGCAAAUGCAGCAUUUACUGUACAAGACUUGAAUUCUCAUUUCAGUAUUUUUGUGUUUGUUUAGUGAGCCAGUUAUCAGCCAGUACUGUAGAGGGAGCCAGUAGCUUCCCUAACCGAACAACUAAAUGUAACCUAUAUGUAGAUAUAAGAG